AUGACAGCGUCCGAAAAAGGUGUGGCUUUCCCCGUCAGCGCGCGAGCACGGACACGGCCACAAACACACACCAGAAGCAAAAGGCGGGAGGCUUGGAAGCGUUCCAACCCCCACACGAGGAGGCCGCCACGUACCUCGCCCUCCCCCUUCCUCUCUCUCACUACACUGCUUCUCCCUCGUCCUCUCCCUCCCAACCCCCGGUCAAAUCCAUCCGCCCUUGCCACUCAACCCACGCUCGCCUUUUCCGCUCAGACGCCACCCUCCUCUCUUCCCGAGAUCAUCGAUUCGUCCAUCGACCCUCCUCCGCGCGCGGCUCGAUCGUGUUCGAUCGUCGUGUGCAGCAGUUGGCCGGGGAAGGGGAUCGGAUCACCGAGCGAGGUGAUCGAGAUGGGAGGGAGAUCGUCGCCGGCGGGGUGGCGGCGACGUGCGCCGCCGCCGCCGCCGCUUCUUCUUCUUCUCGUGUCGGUGCUGGCGCUCGCGACGGUGGUGGAGGGGAGGUUCGUGGUGGAGAAGAACAGCCUGCGGGUGACGUCGCCGGCGGCGCUGCGGGGCGUGUACGAGUGCGCCAUCGGCAACUUCGGGAUGCCGCAGUACGGGGGCACCAUGCACGGCGUCGUCGUCUACCCCAAGGCCAACACCAAGGCCUGCAAGCCCUUCGCCGACUUCGGCCUCUCCUUCAACCCCAAGGCCGGCGGCCUCCCCGUCUUCCUCCUCGUCGACCGCGGAGACUGCUACUUCACAACCAAGGGGUGGAACGCGCAGACGGCGGGAGCGGCGGCGGUGCUCGUCGCCGACGACAGGGCAGAGCCCCUCAUCACAAUGGACACCCCAGAGUCCAGCGGCAAGGAGCACCUGGAGAACAUCACCGUGCCCUCAGCCCUGGUCUCCAAGCGCUUCGGCGACGACCUGAAGACCGCCCUCGAGAACGGCGACAUGGUGAACGUGCUCCUGGACUGGAGAGAAUCCCUCCCGCACCCGGACGAGCGCGUGGAGUACGAGUUCUGGACCAACAGCAACGACGAGUGCGGCGCGAAAUGCGACAUGCAGAUGAGCUUCGUCCGGGACUUCCGCGGCGUGGCGCAGGUGCUGGAGCAGCGCGGCUACACCCAGUUCGCGCCGCACUACAUCACCUGGUACUGCCCGGAGGCCUUCGUCCUGAGCGCGCAGUGCCGGUCGCAGUGCAUCAACCACGGCCGCUACUGCGCCCCCGACCCCGAGCAGGACUUCACCACCGGGUAUGAUGGGAAGGAUGUCGUGGUGCAGAACUUGAUCCAGAUUUGCCUCUUCAAGGUCGCCAACGAGAGCCGCAAGCCGUGGCUGUGGUGGGACUAUGUGCACGACUUCGCCAUCCGGUGCCCCAUGAAGGAGAAGAAGUACACCACCGAUUGCGCUCAUGGUGUCAUCAAGUCCCUUGGGAUGGACAUUGACAAGAUUACCCAGUGCGUUGGAGACCCCGACGCCGAUGAGGACAACCCGGUGCUCAAAGCAGAGCAAGAUGCUCAAAUCGGUCAUGGUGCUCGAGGGGAUGUUACCAUACUGCCGACUUUCGUCGUCAAUAACAGACAGUACAGAGGGAAACUGGAUAAAAGGGCGGUGCUACGAGCGAUAUGCUCGGGAUUUGAGGAGACGACCGAACCCGAUAUCUGUUUGACUCAGGACAUACAAACAAAUCAGUGCUUGGAAAACAAUGGAGGUUGCUGGCUGGACAAAAAUACUAAUUUCACUGCGUGCAAGGAUACCUUCCGUGGGCGGGUUUGCGAGUGCCCGGUUGUCAAUGGCGUCAAGUUCGUUGGCGACGGGUACACCCACUGUGAAGCUUCUGGUGUUGGCCGAUGCCAAAUCAACAACGGAGGCUGCUGGAAGGAGACCAGGAACGGCAAGUCUGUCUCCGCGUGCUCGAAUGAGCAAGCUAAGGGCUGCAAAUGUCCGCAAGGCUUCAAGGGUGACGGCGUACACGGUUGCGAAGACGUUGAUGAAUGCAAAGAGAGGCUCUUCUGCCAGUGCAAGGACUGCAGCUGCGAGAACACAUGGGGAAGCUACGAGUGUGGCUGCGGUGGUAGCAACAUGCUGUACAUGAGAGAGCAUGACACUUGCAUCAGCAAAGUCGCGACUUCGUCGGUGGGAUGGGGGUUCAUGUGGGUUAUCUUCUUCGGCCUCGGUUUCGCGGGAGUUGGAGCAUACGCCGUCUACAAAUAUCGGCUACGGAGCUACAUGGAUUCAGAGAUCCGCGCGAUCAUGGCUCAGUACAUGCCGCUGGAGAACCAGGAGACGUCGAGCCACCAACGGCACGUGGACCACGCCGACAUCUGA